AUGUCCAACGAAUUACGUCAACGUCAACAGCAACCUAACUAUGAUCCAUUCGUCUAUUCAAAAUCUCAUACACCUCCACCUGAUUUUGGCGAUUUGGGUGAUGAUGUGGCCGUUAAGGAUAAAUUCAAGGAUUUUGCUGAUAAAACCACUGCACACGGGGCUAAACGUAUCCUUAUCGCUCAUAAUGGUCUCAGCCGAAUGUUCUGGAUGAGCCUCAUUGUAUUCUUUCUUACAUUAUUCUUAUAUCAAGCCGGUACACUAAUAGUGAAAUAUAAAAAGCACGACAAAAUCACGAGUAUAUCAUUGAAAUUUGAUCACGUAGAGUUCCCAGCGAUCACUUUCUGUAAUCUCAAUCCAUACAAGAAGAGCCUCGUUGGGAUGGUGCCCUCUAUACGUGAUACGAUGGACGUCUACGACAAUGCAAAAUCUCACAGUAAAGGGGACGCACCGAAAAAGCAGAAGCUUCGACGGAAACAGUACUCAGCAGAGGCAGCGCAAAGGGUGUUGAAGUUGUUUGCAAAGGAAAUCGCUCAAGGUCAAGAAGAGCUUCGAAAACAACAAUUAGCCAGCCAAGGAAUCAAAAAUCGAGAUAAAAGAGAUUUCGCCCACUAG